AUGCAGGUGGAGGAGCACCCGCUCCACGCCCCAGUCCCUCAGUCCCAGCGCCGCCCAAACCGGGAAGGUCAAGGUCAGGGGACUGAAGCGCAGCAGGCCGAGCCCAGGCUGAGGGGACCGACCGCAGCAAAAGGCGAACCUGAACACGAGGGACCCGCACCGGCGGCGUCAGGCCGGGCCACCGCACUGCACCGCGGGCGGGGGGUCAGACCCCAGCGCCCCUGGCACCCCCGGCCCCUGGGCUCGGUUUGUCCCCUGUGCCAGAGGGCUGAGCCGAGUCACCCGCACACGAAACCCCGGUUCAAACCCGCGUACCAGCAGCUCCUUCCCCGCUGCCCCGCACGCUCCCCGCCUCCCCCAUGCCCGCUCCGGUGCCGGCCAGGCCGCUCUCCGGUCCGCGUCGGCCGUGAGGACCCGAACACGCUCCGGCACGGCUCAGGGAGGCCUUCGGUCCCGCGGCGGGGGCACCUCGGCCGCGCGCGCUCGCAGCUGGGCGGGGAGUCGCCGGCGCCGGCCCGACGCCGGGUUUUCCGGCCGGGCUGCGGGCUCGUGCGGGGGAAGGGGCACGGCCGGCGGGGAAGGGGCGACCCGCGAGUCCGGACCUCCCCACCCCGCACGAGCCCUGCCGUCCGCGCCUCCUUCAGCACCGGGGCGCGCGCUCGGUGUCCCCGCGCUCGCAAGGCAGCGGGACACCCACGCCCAGAACUUUCUCUCGCGCGCGGACGCGGCGUCUCCCCGCAGCAGCGGGCGCGGAGGGAACGCACGCAGGGCUCCGGGGGACGGCGCCGCGGUCCAGCGACCUGCACACUGCGGGCGCACGCGGAGUGCCCGAAAGUAGAGCGAGUCCCGCCGGGAACACUGCGGGGACGCGGGAGGAGCACCGCGCCGGCGUCCCGCACACUAAGCGCGCCCGCAAGUCCCACAGCCGCGUCCGCGUCCCUGCUCCACCCGCACCGCGUCCGGCUUCCUGCUCGGGACGCGCCACCUCGUCCCGCUCGGGACCCGCCACGUCGUCCACGCGCUCCGGGACAGCCGGCCCCGAGCCCCCUCCCCGCACACGGGGAACCCGGGCGGGCCUCCGGGACCACAAGCACACCGGGCCGCCCCGGCUUCUGCUCCGGGCGCCGAGCCGGCCCGCGGGGAGUGGACCCGGCGGCGAGCCCGGCGGCUGACCCAGAGCCCGAGGCCCCUCGCCCCGCCGCGCCGCGACCCCCGAGGCGGCCCGGGACCGCCCUCCCCGCCCCCACCGCCCCCACGCCCACUCCGCCCGGCGCCAACAAAGCGGGGGUCGCGCCGCGCCAAGUUUCGCUCCGGGGUCGUGUCGCUGGGACCCGGCGACGACUUGCGGGUCAGUCCCGUCGCGCCCGCGCCCCCUCGGCGGCGCCGGUCCCCCCGUCCCCCGCCCCGGCCCCCAGGCCGGACACGCGCCCCAAGUUACCACAAAGGGCCGGGGAGAGGGUCCGGAGCCGCGCGCCGGCCCGUCCCGCCCUCGCCGGGCUCCGCGUCCUCCCGGCAGCCGCGCCACCGCCGUCAACAGGUCUUCGCCGCCUCGGGGCGGGAGGACGACCCCGCGCCCGCGCCUCCCCCUGCAACCUGCCCGCCGGCGCCCCGCGCCCCCCUGCCCGGCGCCCUUCCCGCGCGCCCCGGCCGGACUGGGCUCCCGCCCGCCGAGGCCCGGCACCGCGCGGCCGCUCCUUACCUCCCGCGCCGCCGCAGUCGGCCGCGCUGCGCGUCCUCGGGGCCCGCCGGCUCCGCCCCCGCUCGGAAAGUUGCCGGACGUCGGCGCGGACUCCGCACCCCCGGCCGCGGCCCGCCCGCCUCCCGCGGUGCCCGCCCCGCCGCCUCCCGCGCGGCCGGAGCGCUCACUGGCGCGGCGGGGCUGCCUGCGCGGGCCUCGGGCGGGGCCGGCGGGACGCGGGGCGCCCCCUGUCGGCCGGCGGGAGCGCUUGUGGCGGCGCGGGACCCCCGCUAGCGGGACGGGCUGCGGGCGCUGACGGGCUUCCGAGCGCGGGCGGGCGCGGGCGGAGGGGCCGAGGAGCCGCGGGCAACGCGGGAGAACCGGCCCGGGCAGCGGAGGCCUUUCCCGACCCGCGCCGGGACGGAAGCGAAACCACGCCCCCCCCCCCGCGCCUCGCCCCCCCACCUCCCCUGGACUCCCCCCGACACCCCACGGGCUGUGCCCUCCCGGUGCGCGCGGGUCCCGCCCGGCCUUCAGACACGCGACCCGCCGCCACGGGCACGUGCCCAUCGGAGCCCAGAACUGCGCGUGGGGCGUGCGGGAGACACCGCCAGCGGCCUCCCUGCGCGGGCGGACCCUGGUGCGAGCACCGGGAAGGCGCGUCCCCAAAGCGCGGGGUCCUCGACGUGUAUCCGAGACGCCCGGGACGGAGGCUGCGAGGGUUCCGUCCGGGGCUGAGCAUAGACGGUCAAGGGACAGCGGCUUGUGAGGCCGGCGGAGGGGAAGGGCCGCGGUGCGCUGCGGGGCCUGCAGUCGGACAAGCAGACCCUCCCCGACCCGACGGCCCACUCCACGCCCGCGACGCCCCGCAGAUCACAGCUGCCGAAGGCGCUCGUGCGGUCAGACGGGCAGAUGCUCGGCCGCAGCGGCGGGAGCAGAGCAAGGUCAGCGCAGAGAAGGCGCCCGGCGUCCAUGCAGUCGGCGUCCACGCGCCCGGCCCGUUCUUCCCACCGCACUUCACCGUCCGGAGAAUGAGGCGGUACCGGGACCCCCCGCCCCCGCCUUGUUGA